GGCCUUUGUUGAUGUGAUUCCUCGUGAACGCGCAGGACAGAAACUGUCCCGGUGCCUUCGACCGAAACCACCGACCGCAUCCGCGCACCUUCCGCGGCGCUCUCUCGCUCCGUUUCGGCGUGGAUGCCGCAGAAAGCCCGGUCGGAGCUCCAAGCUGGAUCUGCGCGGCUCUCCCCGGCGGUUUGAGAGCGAGGCGGCGGGCUGGGGGAUGGAGGUAGAGUCCGGGCUGUGAGCUGCUGCGGGGGGCGGUGUGGGGGUCGCUGGACUCCGGGCCUGCUUUGUUCUCCGGGGCUCGUUGUUCCAGCCGAUACCGGGGCUACGGUUACGGGGGUUCCGGGUUUCCAGCCGAUCUGGUUCUGCGUUGAGGUCGCGGUGCAGAGAGAGUCCUGAAGCGGAUCCGUGAGGCUCCUUUUGUCCGCUCCUCCCCCACCUCUCCUCCUCAUCCCUCCGCCAUGGCUCCGGUCCUCCGGUUCUGCUGCCUGCUGCUGCUGCUGCCCGCCGUCCGGGGCUCGUUUCCCCGCAGCGGGGCGGACUGCGGCCCCAGGAAGACGGCCGACUGUCCAGAUCUGUCGGAGAAGAAAAGCGACCUGAGAGUCUGUGACGCUGGAACGUGUCGAUUUGGAGGAAACUGUAGAGAGAACGGAGGCGACAUCAAGUGUGUGUGUCAGUUCCACUGCCAUAAGAAGUACGUUCCUGUGUGCGGCUCCAACGGAGAUACGUAUCAGAACGAGUGUUUCCUGAGGAGGGCGGCCUGCAAGAAGCAGAGAGCCAUCACCAUCGUAUCCGAGGGACCCUGUUACCAUGACGGCAGCUCAGGAUCUGGAGAUGGAGAUGGCGAAGGCUCCGGUCGUGGAAAAAAGACCUCGAAAUGUGGAAACUGCAAGUUUGGAGCCGAGUGUGAUGAAGACUCUGAGGACGUUCUCUGCAUGUGUAACAUCGUGUGUAAUGGCCACAACGACAACCCGGUGUGCGGCAGCGACGGUGUCACCUACGACACGCCGUGCCAUGUCCGUGAGGCAUCCUGCCUCAAGCAGCUCAAGAUCGACAUCAAGCACGUGGGCCGUUGCCAAGAUAAGAGCAGGAAGGACGACGGCAUGAAAAGCAAACCGGACAUCUAUGCUGUGUCCAAGCCCGGCAAGGGGGAGGGGGUUGUGGACAGCCCCGCCCCCUGUCCAGAAGACUACGCCCACUUCUGUGAACACGGGCACUGUGAGAUGAGACACAACCUGCCCACCUGCAGUUGUGAGUCUGCGUAUGGCGGGCCCCAGUGCGACCAGCUGCUGGACUUCAACGUGCUCUACGUGGUCCCCAGUGGUCAGAAGUUGCACUAUGUCCUCAUCGCCGCCAUCAUCGGCGCCGUGCAGAUCGCCGUCAUCGUGGCUGUGGUCAUGUGCUUCACCAGGAGGUGCAACAAGACGACGCGAGGACGCCGUCAGAAGCAGCAUCUGGGACACUUCCCGUCCGGGACGUCCUCCAGGAUGAUGUAGUUUUUAUAGAUCCAGCCGGUCCUCUUUUCCUACCACAGACAGACUGCAUAUUUUAUAUCUCCACUUUUUGGUGCCUCUUUUGUUGUCGCCCUUUUUUUCUUAGAAAUGAUUUGUGAAUUUUUGAAGGGGCCUUAUUUUUCAGAUUUGUUCUGUCUGGUUUGUGUUGUCAGACUCUGAACCACUGUGGAUCCUCCCAAUGCAAACAUUUGUCCAACUGUCCACCGGAGACACAGCGUCUUUCUGUUCUCACCCUGUGGGACGCAAACCAUCCAUCUCCAAUGUAAUGGCUGUGAGAUGUCCAGGAGAUUUCUUCUGCUGCGUCAGUUAAACCUCAGCUCUCAGCAGAGCCUCAAGUUAUCCGACCUCAGCGGAACUUUUUUUCUACUUCCUGUUCUGCUCUCUACACGUUUCUUCAUCAGAAUGAAACUUUCCUGGCAUUAAAUCUGGACUUUUCUACAGAUAGAUUUAUCUUUACACAUUAAACACGUCCAGACAUCAGUCAGAUCAGCAGGUUUGAUCUCUAAAGCCGAGACGGAACAACAACAUCUGAGGAACCUUUAGAGAUAAAAACCUGGACGUUCCUCAUCAUCACUGACCAAGGAUAUGUGAUGUUGGACAGCAAAUCAAUGACCUGAGAGUCUGGAGGAGAUGAAAUAUGAACAGACAUUUUAAACCUCUUCAACAUAAUUUCAGACGAUUUUUGGACAAUUUUUAAGACACAACAACGUAAAUAAGACAACAACGUAAAUAAGACAUUUUUGGAUGAUUUUUGGAUGAUUUUUGGAUGAUUUUUUAGUGGUUCUGAACAGUUUGAUACGUUUCGGUUUAAUGUUUGAGUCGUAGAAUCUCAGUUCUGCCUGAGAACUAUUUAAACUCCAGAACCGUCCUGGGAUCGGACCGUCCAGCGGUACUUCAGCUUCUAGGACUCGUCAAACCUUCUCAGUCGGCAGUAACUUCCUUCUCAUUUCUUCUUCACCAGUCGACUUCUGAUGAUCAGUUUGUCAAUGAACUCAAAGAUGGAACUUUCCAGUGUUCUUAUUUCAUCUCCUCCAGAAUCUGAUGUCAUUGAUCUGCUGUCCAACAUGACAGAUCCUGGAUCAGUGAUGAUAAGGACCUUUCACGUUUUUAUCUUUGACGGUUCAUCAGAUGUUCUUCAGACUCAGGAUCAGAGAUCAGACCUGCUGGAAGUGAGUCAACCGGUGAUUUUAAAACUAAAUUGAAACAUCCAGAUUUUCUGAUGAAGGAACUCAGAGCAGAAGGCAGCUGAGGACAUUCUGUUGAUGUUUGACUGAAACUCCAGCUUUGGUUGUUCUGUCUGAUAAACUUCAAACCGAUCCGUCCGUCUGACCACCGGCUGUCCAGUAGUUAAGAAAAACCACUCAAACCAACUAACGAACCAUCAGCUAAGUUAGGUAGUACUGACUGAAGGUGGAAACGACAACGUAAAGAAGACACAACACGAAGAAGACACAACAACGACGUAAAUAAGACAACAACAACGUAAAUAAGACAACAUAAAGACAACAACAACAACACAAAGAAGACAACAACAACGUAAAUAAGACACAACACCACAAAGAGGACACAACAACAUAAAUAAGACAACAAAGAAGACAACAUAAAGACAAUGUAAAUAAGACAACAUAAAGACAACAACACAAAGAAGACACAACAACAUAAAGAAGACAACAACACAAAUAAGACACAACAGCAACACAAAGACAACAAUGCAAAUAAGACAACAGCGCAAAAAAGGACAACACAAGACGCAACACAAAUAAGACACAACGUAAAUAAGAACACAAAGACAACACAAAAACACAACAACAAUGUAAAUAAGACACAGCAAUGCAAAGAAGACUCGACAACAUAAAUAAGACAAAACAACACAAAUAAAACAACGUAAAUAAGACACAACAAUGUAAAUAAGACAUGAAAACAAGACAAAAAACACCAGGAAGGAGACAUGAAAUGACAAAAACAAGACACAAAACUUCAAAAUACCAGGAAGGAGAAGGUCCUGAUGUUAGUAAAUGUAGAUCAGCUGUAGUUCCUGGUUGUUCCAGCAGGUGGAGCCUCUUCCUGUUUAAUCCUGUAGAGACCAGAGGAGGUUAAAGCAGAGAACAUUGUGGGAGUUUAGCUGGUAAAGGGGCACCAUGACAAAGACUUCUGUUCUCCUUAAUGACCUCCAACCAGAGCUUCUGAAGUCCAGUUGCUGAGGAUCUGAUUGGUCCAAACUCAUCUCCACACUGAACUAAACUACCCUUCAAAAUAAAAGCAGGUGAGUUAGUAUUAACUGACUGGUUUGAGUCAUUUUUCUAAAUUCUCUGGUUCCUGUGCUCCUCUGACGGUCAUCUGGAGAUCAUUGGACAAAUCAAGAUGUUUCCUGAAGCAAUCGGUGAAUCCAGACUCUUAAAGGGAUUAAUUAGUGGAACGUCCUGUUAAGUCCACGUUCCUGCUUCUCUUUGGAGAAGAAACUCUCAAUCUGCUCACAGGAAGCUGAACCACCAAAUUAAAAGACUUCCUGUCUGAGCUGAGUGGCUGGAUGGUGUUUUAGGGACCAAACUGCCAGCUCCUAGGGGGCGCUCUGCUGCACCAGGGACCACAGCACCCCCUCCAGGUGUUCUGGCGUCGCUGCAUCUCACGGGGUUCCUGACCAACCAAAACCCUGUUUUUUCUACUGUACAGACGUCAUCGGGUUUGUUCUGUUUGUUUGUGCUCUGAGCAGCUGCCGGUAAUUUAAAUGUGUUUGUGAGUAGCGACGGUACAACGGUCUGCUAGAAGAGUAGAGGUCUGCAUGAAGCCGUGACGUGAUGUGCAACUGUAGCUAGAAUUAAAGAUCCUAUUGGAACCCGA